AUGGUCUUCCGCACGCGCAACACCCACCUCCCACCAGGGCCCUCUGGACUCCCUGUCCUCGGCAAUGUUUUCGACAUCCCCCAUCAAAAACAGUGGGAGUGGUUCUACGGCCAGUCCAAGAAGUAUGGCUCCGACGUGAACCUGUACACCGUCUUCGGCACCAAAAUCAUCGUCCUCAACUCGCGCGAGGCGAUCGAGGCAUUGUUCGAGAAGGAGCUCGAGCGCUACUCGAGCAAGGCUCCGCGCAAGAUGGCCGACAUCUCUAACCUGACGAUGACGCUCCCGUUCAUGGACCCUGGCGACGUCUUCUCGCACGCCCGCAAGCAGUUCCACCUCGGCAUCGGCCCGACCGCCGUCGGGCAGUACGCCGGCGCGUGCGAGGCGGCCAGCGCUGCGUUCGUCCGCGCGCUCGCCGCCGACGAGGGCUGCACGAAGCUCACCCAAACGAUCGACCACAGCCUCGGCGCGCUCUUCCUCCGGGUCUCGACCGGCUACGACGGCGCGCGCACCGGCGAGGCGCUCGACAAGAUGAACGCGCUCGCGCACUUCGCCGCCGACGUGCUCGCGGACAAGUACCGGUGCUUCGACAUCCCGCCGCUGAACAAGGUCGUGUCCUGGGUGCCUGGGUGGGUCCCGUGGCUCGGGAAGCAGGUGAAGCUCGGGCGGGAGUGGAAAACGCAGCUGCACGCGACCGCGGCCAUGACCGUCGACCUCACCAAGGAGGGCACGGCAGCGGGUCACCCGUCGGUGAUGGCGCAGGAGGGCAUCGACGCGCCCGGUGCGGACGAGCAGAGCAAGAUGAUCGCGGCGACGAUGAACGCAGGCGGCAUGCUCGCGAGCGAAUCCGCGACGGUCACCUUCCUGCUCGCGAUGGCCCAGCACCCGGAAAUCAUGCGCCGCGCCCAGGCCGAGGUCGACGGCGUGUGCGCGGGCCGGUUGCCCACGCUCACGGACCGCAAGCAGCUCCCGUUCCUCGACGCCGUCUUCUGCGAGGUCCUCCGCUGGGUGUCGAUCGCGCCGGUGAUCUCGCGCGAGGUGAUGGAGGACGACCACUACAACGGCCACCUGAUCCCCAAGGGCGCGCAGAUCAUGGCCAACAGCUGGGCGAUCUCGCGCGACGAGAGCGAGUACCCGGAGCCGGAGAAGUUCCUGCCCGACCGCUUCCUGGACGCGACCGGGACCGCGCUCCGCACCGACAUCCUCCACCCGAUGAAGUACGCGUUUGGGUACGGGCACCGGACGUGCCCGGGGCGCUUUCUCGCCGACGCGCUGCUGUUCAGCCACUUUGCGCACAUCCUCGCCGUCUUCGACGUGCAGCUCCCGCUCAAGACGCAGGGCGCGAAGCUCGACGCGGAUGGGGCGAUCAAGCUGAAGAGCAACGGCGCUGCUGUCCGGAUCGAAGAGGUGUACGUGACACUCUCCCCGCGCGCGACCACCGUCGCCGCGGCCGCUCUCGCCCCCAAAGACGCGCCAGCACAAAAUGGGCACGCGAACGGUGUCGCGCACUAG